AUGGUCUCUGGCACCUUUGUCUUCCAAUUGAUUGAUCACUACCUACAGGAUGACCCCGAACGUGGCUGGUGUCCCGGACGCUGGUUUCUCCGGACCGGUUGCGCCGCGGCUCUGCGUCACCUGUAUCGCUUUGUCGCACCCCGAUUCGAUCCUUCCACUUCGGCCGAUAAGAUCUCUUACUCUCCCCGCGGGGAGCCUCGUUCGUCGAUAUCGUUGCAUACCAGUCAAACAUUAACACCAUCGCCCAAGAUGUCUGCCGGUCUCAAAACCAUCAUCGCACUCUCCUUCGUGCUCGCCGUCGGAUUCCUCCUCGUUAUCCUGUCUUGCGCGUUGUGGAAGGUCUACUAUCCUCUGUUUGUUGUCGCCACCUAUGUCAUUGCGCCUAUUCCCAACUGGAUCUGCGGACACUGCGCCAACCCCGAUGAUUUCGUCGAGAGCUCCGGUGCUGCAGUUCUAGAUCUUGGACGUUUCUUUACAGGAUUCUUUGUUGUUAUGGGAAUUGCUCUACCUGUUGUCCUCGCACACUCCGGCCUUAUCGAAGUCCAGGCCAUGGUUAUGUCCAUAAUCGGCGGUCUACUGAUUUACGGAACCAUUGUCAGCUUCGGCAUGUUUUUCCACGAGGAGCAAGAUUUCUAG